CACAAGUACCUGGACGCGUACUCGACUGCAACGUUCCAGCUCUACCGAGUUCGUACGACGUACUCGGUGCGUUCACGCAACGUCCGUCUUCGUCAGCUUGCUGCGAGUCGAGGCCUUGCGGUGCCCCACGUCGUCCCGGAAGAGCACGAAUGGUACUCCAAGACGUUCUUGUGUACGCACGGCUGGAAGCGCCGCAGUCGUGGCAGCGGUCAGCGAGUGAGUCACAACGUCCGGGCCACCGAGUGUCCUGCCAAGGUGUGCGCCACGCUUCAGCGCACGGAUGGCGCCAACACUUGGAGUGUCGUGGUCACGAAGCAUUUGGUAGAGCACAACCACGAGCUCUCGGAAGCGCUCUACCAGCAGUACAGCGAGGUUCGACGCGUACGUGACCCUGAAGUCCUUGCACAAGCGGAGCAGCUGUGGCGCGGCGGAGCUACUCGUCGCCGCGUGUUCGAGUUCCUCAAGGAGCGGUCUCCGAACCACGUCAUUCUCAUGAAGGACGUGCACAACCUUGUGCAGCGUUGGCAAGCGCAA